CUGCCGCUGAAUAGUAGGGCUUAAUUCUCUUAACUUUUACCAUUCAUUCUCUAUGUGACAGACGUCGCAUCAUAGACAGAGAUAAAGUGCACGGAGUUUUUGUCGAUAUACGGUGUUUUUUCAACUGUUCUGUCGUCUUACAAGCUGUCAACUUAUCAAACGAGAUAAUGAAGAAGACAACCAACUUCUUUCCCGGAAAGACUAUGGUGUCUUUCAGGAAGGGUCCAUCAGUUCAUCAGGAUCCCUCUGACGAGGCCAUGCGGAUCAAAAAGAACCCUUCUCUUCAGGACAAGUCUCCCCCUCAGAGACAUGACCUUGUGAAGACCAAUGCUCUCACUGUGGUCUUUGAGCGGGGAGGGGAUGUGUCUGACCGACUGGAGGUAAUGGGGGAGUAUGUGCUGCAGUUUGGCAAGUACAAGGGUAAAUUGUUUAGGUGGCUCCUGGAAAACGAUGUUGGCUACACCAUCUACCUGAUGAAAAAGGUAGAGGAGGAGGAGAGAGAUGGGACCUUCAACCCUCAGGGACACAACAAGGACAGCCUGCUGUCAUUUCUGGACUAUGCCAGGAGCUUCCAGGAAAUUAGGGACAGAUGGAUAUGCGGCCUUCAUCGUAGGAGUAAAGUGCAUCAAAAACAGCAAAAUGUACAACCUGCAGCAGUACAUCCUCAAGCAGCAAAGGGGGCUGAGUCUGGGGAGUCCUGUCCACCACCUGCAGGAGUCUCCACUACAUCAGCUGCCCCUACACCGCCUACAUCUAGCAUUCUAGAGAUGGAGGAAGACGAGGAGUUGGAGAGGGGGAUGCUGAAUCUGUCUCCCUGUAAAUUUGCCACUGAACUAAGACCAGCAGCAGUCUCCAGAGCCCCGGCUGUGUCUCCACCAACAGCACACAGGACGGAGCCAACAGCGAUGGUUUCCAGACCUGCCGAGCCUGAUGACUCCUCUGGGAUUGUUGCUUCUGUGAAAGCCAGGCUGAAGGCCCCGCUGCCAGCCCCUUCUACCUCCUCAGCUCAGAUGAUAUGUGGACUUCAGCAUGUGGAGCCAGGCUGUCGUCAUGUUGUGUUAAAUUGUGACAGGCACAGGGUACAGCCCAACAUCCCAGCUGCUGUAGCUAUGGAGACCGAGGAUCACUGCCCUGCUGCUUUGGUGGCCACAGACUCUCAGGAGACCAGUGAAGAUCCAGUUGGAGUGGUGCUGAUCACACAGCUGGAGUGGUCUUUCAGCAGGGCUCCGGUCCCAGCGGUCCCAGCACACAGCUGCUACCAGAGGCAGUCUUUCAUGGAUACAGGUCAUUCAAAUGACCUACCUACCUACCAUCCUCCUACAGACCAGGAGGAGUCUCUGAGCCGGUCUACAGUGGAGCGGAUUGGGUCAGACAUCCUGGUUAAACAACAACAACAACAUCAACAACAACAUCAUCAUCAUCAUCAUCAAGCAGCAGCAGCAGCCGCAUCAGCAGCAGCAGCAGAAAAAGAUGACCAGGAACUGUUUAGUCUACAGUCAGCUGAAGUCGUAGAUGGAGUCAGAGGAGAGGGCGAACAGGAAGUCAGCAGUGCAGCUUCCAACAGGUCGCCUGUGCAGGUUCUGUCAUCAACACCUAAAGCAGGGCCCUGGCAGCCCUCACAUACUGUACAUGACAGCUUCCCCGGGGUACCAGGGAAAUACAUCUACUGCCCCUCCAGAGUGUUCUCCCCCUACAAGGCACAGGGCAUGGGGAAGGAGAUGACCUGGGGGGAGUUCAAACUGUCGGACUUCUAUGAGGCUGAGAGACACAAAGAUUCAAAGAGAAGACAGACAAAUGGACUGCUAACCCACCAGACGACAAAUAUAUCCUCUCGCAUGUACACACACGCACGCACUCACGCACACAAGACACACCACUGUGCAUUGUCAGGACUGUUUCUUCUGUUUUCAUAGCCAAGCAAUUGUGAUCUUUAGUUUAAUUUAACUGUAUUCACCUUCACUGGACGUCUGGUCUGAUUCAUCAUCAUCAUCAUCAUCAUUAUCCUCACAUAGUCUCUCAGCACCUUUACAUGCACUCUAGUGUUCCCUCUGUGUGUAAAUGUGUAAUAUUUUAAUAAUAAAUUAUUCCGUAAAUGUAUACCCAUAUUUAGUUGUUAAUUUGUUUUAUAUAUAACAUAUGAAUUAUAUAAAUAAGCAAUGUGUGUCAGUUUUUAUUUUGUGUUUAAGAAUGAUGUUGUUCUUUAUGAAAUAUCUUGGGAGCAUUACUAUGACUUAUUGAUAUUUGAUAUUUGAUUGAGGAAGUAAAAGUGAUAGAAAAUGAAAUAAAAUUAUAUGUAUAAAUAUA